AUGACCUCUAAUGACAAAUACCAACAAUUCAAGUCUCGGAAUCUCUGGUCCGAGAAUGUAAAGAAAGAAUUCAUUUUUGGACAGAGAAUUGGACUGUACAAGUUCAUUAAGAAUAUUGGAAAGGGAAACUUUUCGAAAGUGAAACUGGCACAGCACGCGCUCACCAACAGUAAGUCCCCCGACAACACACCUGGACGGACUAAUCAGGAGGUCGGGGGGUUUGGGGGAGGGUGGAUGUUUGGCCUACUUCCGACAAGUAGUGGGCGCAGUGGAGUAUGUGGUGAGGACUGUGAAGUAAAAUGGCAGCACUCUCGGGAGUAUGCUCACAGAGACAUCAAAGCAGAAAAUAUACUUUUCGGAGACAAUGUCCUCAAACUGGCCGACUUUGGGUUUGCCACUAAAUACAGCUCGGACUGUCUCCUCACUGUCCCCUGCGGCACUCUCGCUUAUUCCGCCCCCGAGUUGGUCAUGAAACUACCAUAUGACGGAUUCAAAGUUGAUGUGUGGGCGUUGGGAGUGCUCCUCUACUAUAUGAUUAGUGGGACCUUCAUCUUCCCCGAGGACACUGCAAUUGUCAGAGCGGCCUCCCUACACAUUCACUCCAAAAUCUCUGACACGUGCAAACAAGUCCUCUCCGCACUCCUUCAACCCGACCCACACACCAGACCGGAGGUCGAUCGAAUAUGCCAGUUUGAGUGGAUAGAAUGGCAGACUCCUCGCCAUUCCCAUCAGAAAAAGUUACUUUAUCCUGCCUUCGACCGUCCUUCAGUCACAGAGACAGAACUCCGGGCCAAAGACAUGCUCAACGACCUGGGAAUUGACAAUGAGGUCAUUUUUAGGAAUAAAAUGAACACUCGCGGAUCGGUCGCAGGCACUUUCCGCAUUUUGCUUCACAAUUUAAAGAAUAGGCCCAACAGGAAACCGUCCAUCAAAUUUAUUUCCUCUAAAAAAUUUAAUUUCCGAAAACCUUCUAAAAACCGAUCUCGUUUUUGCAGCAUUAUAUAA